AUUUGAUAUAAGCAGCAAGAUUCUAGUUGCAGCCUGAUAGAACUGAUAGCCCUGCCGCCUAUUGUCCGCUUGCCAAAAAGAAACACACAAACAGAAACGCCGCCAGGUAUGGCCACCGCCGCCGCCACAGUCUCCGCCCAACUAGCUUACUCAGCUCGCCGCAACACUUCUCUCUCCUCACUAUCUCCUUCUUCACCUACAUUCGCCUUCAAAUUCAACUCUCUCCGACUAAUCCACACCACUCCCACCAAUCCAAACCCCAGCUUCCGCAUCUCGAUGAGCAGCAGUAUUCAAUCACCUCCCGAGACGAUCUCUCAGCUCUCAUUUCUCGAUCGUAGAGAAUCUGGUUCUCUUCACUUCGUCAAAUAUCAUGGCCUCGGCAAUGACUUCAUCCUCGUUGAUAAUAGAGAUUGUGUGGAGCCGAAGAUAAGUCCAGAACAAGCGGCUAAGCUGUGUGAUCGGAAUUUCGGAAUUGGAGCUGAUGGAGUCAUUUUUGUGUUGCCGGGAUUUAAUGACACUGAUUAUACCAUGAGGAUUUAUAAUUCUGAUGGUAGUGAACCCGAGAUGUGUGGUAAUGGAGUUCGAUGCUUCGCCAAAUUCAUUGCUGAUCUUGAAAAUUUGCAAGGAAAACAAAGUUUUAAUGUACAUACGGGUGCUGGCCUAAUUGUUCCUGAAAUUCAAGAGGAUGGCAAGGUUAAAGUUGAUAUGGGUGUGCCAAUACUAAAUGCUUCAGAUGUUCCCACAAAAUUACCCACAACAAAUAAUCAACCUGUUGUAAGCUCCCAACUGGAUGUUGAUGGUGUAAGCUGGAAUGUUACAUGUGUUAGCAUGGGAAAUCCUCAUUGUGUUACAUUUUCUAAUGAAGGAAGCCAGAAUUUGCUGGUCGAUGAAUUAAAUCUCGCAGAUAUAGGUCCUAAAUUUGAACAUCACCAAAUGUUUCCUGCCCGCAUCAACACAGAAUUCGUGCAAGUAUAUUCUCGAUCACAUGUAAAGAUGCGUGUUUGGGAGCGUGGUGCAGGAGCAACACUUGCUUGCGGAACUGGUGCAUGUGCAGUGGUUGUUGCAGCAGUUCUGGAAGGACGUACUGAGAGGUGUUGCACUGUUGAUUUGCCUGGAGGUCCCCUGGAGAUUGAAUGGAGGGAAGAAGACAAUCAUGUAUACAUGACAGGCCCAGCUGAAGUAGUGUUUUAUGGAUCUGUUCCUCUGUAAACUCUUCAUUUGUAAUUUUUGUAUCACAGGAAUGAGAAUAUUUGUGUAGGCUUUGCCUUAAUUUGUUAGAAGUUUAGACUAAUGAUGUAGUGGUGUAUUGCCACUAAAAUACAAGUGUUCUGGCUUUAAAUAUUUAAGCAGUCUGUUUCAGUGGUA